GUUGCGGCAGUAAUGAGCAGUUGAGUCGCGAUCGCGAAGUUGAACAGAACUGAUUGUGCUGUGAUUUGUACUAUAAUAUUGAGUGACGAUCUGACGACAUAUUCCUAUACCUAGAACUCGUAAAACAUUAUCUGCGGAUUCCGGGAGUUUGUGUUGAUCGUUGCCGUUGAAUAAAGAAAUUGCGAUUUUCUUGUAUUUCAAAUGUUUACCGGGCGCCGCGAUCGAUAGUAAUCUGGGAUAAACCUACCUAAUAAUAUAAAAAAUACAAUGAAACUCAUCAUUAUCGGUGGGUUUCUGGCUUUAGCUACGCUGCUGUGGGUUGCCGAUGCUCAGAUAUCAACCUGUCAAACGCCGGACGCCAAACCGGGUCGAUGCGUGCUGCUGAAGGCCUGUGAUGGGCUGUUUACAUUGAUCAAGAAAAAGCCACUGCUCCCGGAGGAUCGGACCUAUCUAAGUCGAAGCCAGUGUGGAUGGUCCUACCAGGACAACCAUCCGUUGGUGUGUUGCUCGGAUUCGGUCGAAGCACCUCCACGGGCUUCCGAAUCUCUGCUUCCGGAAGUCGGUGUUUGCGGUAUUCAGACGAGUGAUCGCAUCGUGGGCGGAGUCAACACCAAAAUUGAUGAAUUCCCGUGGCUCGCUCUGCUCAAGUACGCUAAGCCGAACAAUGUUUUCGGAUUUCACUGCGGUGGAGUGCUGAUCAACAACCGGUACGUGCUGACGGCUUCGCACUGUGUCAAUGGAAAGGACAUCCCGACCACCUGGAGUUUAGCCGAGGUUCGUCUCGGCGAGUGGGACACCUCGACGGCGCAGGACUGCGAGGGUCUCGGGGUGGACGUGGACUGUUCGCCGGAUCCGAUCGACGUCGAAAUCGAGCGCAAAAUACCGCACCCAAGCUACAAUCCUCAGUCGCUGGAACAGUACAACGACAUCGCGCUGCUCCGAAUGGCCCAGAGUGUCCCGUAUACGGAUUUCAUCAAGCCUAUAUGUUUGCCGCGGAGCGACGAUUUGAAGACUAAGAACACCAUUGGCCAGAAGUUCCAGGUGGCUGGCUGGGGACGUACGGCCACGGCUCGGUAUAGUUCCGUGAAGCAGAAGGUGGGAGUUGAUGGAGUGGAUCUGGGUAAUUGUAACGAAGUUUACAAGAAGGAACAAGUGACGCUACAGGAUGGACAACUUUGUGCCGGGGGCGUGACCGGUAAGGAUUCGUGUCAAGGUGAUUCCGGUGGCCCUCUGAUGGGAGUCGGAAUUAAGAGUGGGGUACAGUUUUGGUAUCUGGCCGGAUUGGUUUCGUUCGGACCAACGCCGUGCGGUCAGGAGGGAUGGCCCGGGGUUUACACGAAAGUCGGCAAAUAUAUGGACUGGGUUGAGUCGAAUUUGGCUCCCUAAAAUGGGGGGAUGCCGCUCGAGUGUGAUGACAGUAUAAUGACAGUAUACAACUAUGUUUUAGAAUGCUCAAAAAUAAACGAUCAAAUUUACUACAA